UUCAAUCAUGGCGUCUUACAUGGGUGGAAGGAAAUGUUUUAUUCGUUGAAAAUGUGAUGUUUGUUUUGUGAGUUACCGAUUUUUUUCCCAAGAUCAUCAGUAUUAUCAAAAGUCUUACCAAGGCUCAAAGUAAAUUUUUUAAGACGUGCACUCUCUUGAAAUGGCUGGACAGUUCGCAUGAUUGUUGAGAGAUUGUUGUGGAUCGACCCUUAAAGUUUGGAGGAUCAUGGAAGGUAGGGGCAUGAAAAUGAGUGGUUAUCCAAAAGAUUCCUCUGCUGCAUCCGAGAAACGUCGAUCAUGGAGCUGGCGAAGACGAGAAGGGCUGGGGGAGAGUGAGGGUGAAAUUGACAUGGAUACCUUGGAGAUUCUUUGUGAAGUUCAAGAAAAAACAAAUGAUGGAUCAAGUGGACUUAGCUCACAAGAGGCGCUGAAAAGACUUUUUGAUGCCAUUGGUGAUGAGUUAGCAACUUUUAAUGCAGCAAACCAGUGUACAUGGAGAAGUGAUAUUUGGAGUACACUGAGGGACAACCAUCACUUGCCUAUAAGCUUUAUUAGUCUGACAUUUCUUGUGUUUGAGUUUCUUGUGAUGGUGAUGUCAUAUGUCUUCAAUGAUAAAACAAGGAGCCUUCCACUGAUAGAAGGAAUCAUUGUUCUGUUACUGACAGCUAUCAAUUUGACUUUGUGUGUACGAGAGGAAAGACUGAGAAGGACGGAGAUGAUCAGAAGUACUCAGGAGCUACUUAACAGCUGUGACUCUUGCUGCAGCUGGAUGCCAUCUGAUUAUAUUGAUCCCUGUACCCCUCCCUCACUGUCCAUUUCAUUGGUGCACGCCUACAGAGACAAUGCAAUGGUCAGUGUCCCCAGUAACCUGCUUGUUCAAGGUGAUGUGGUGGUACUAGGACCAGGUCAUACUGCCCCUGCACGAGUGCAGCAGCUCUCCACAGAAUUUCCAAACAGAGGGCCAUCCUUUAUUCUUGAAGAAGGUCAGGUGUACCAUCCUGUUACACAGAGUAGCUCUACUGAUGGUAACAAAGGAACUGGUGUACAGCCAUCCCAGCCUCAUCCACGAGAAAAAUUUCUUGUUACAGAAAGUCCUUUCAAACAAAAUCUCAGAACAAUUUUAAAUAAUUCUUUGAAGAGGCCAAUUAGCAUAAUUGGAAAUGAAAUGCAUUACAUCACAAGUACUAUCAUAGAUAAGAAACUUCUGUUUGUAAUUUUGGUGUUAUCUUUGACUGUAAACAUUUUAAGGACAAUUUUUCUUAAAAGUGAAUCAGGGCAUUGGAGUGAAAUGAUUCUUUUAUUACAGGGUUAUGCCAUCCUGCCACUCUUACCAAUUUCUUUUCCAAUUGUAUGGAUAUGUUUAAAUCUUUAUGGAACAGCACGAAUUAAAGUAUUAUUUACACAGUUAAAAGAGAAAGAAGAUCCAGCAAAUGAAAUAACUCUGAAAGAAGUAUUGCAUUGCUUUUGCAAGAAUUUUUUGGGUGAUCCAUCCAGUUUGCCAAGGACUGCUAGCCUUUUAGAAAUCCUUGGAAGUGUCACAGUGUGGUGUUGUGUUGACAAGGAAGGUAUUCUGUCCUUACCAAAUCCCUGUGCUGAAAAAGUGUUCUUCUUGAAGAGUAGAAAGCACAAGACAAAAGAAGAUUUAGCUGGUCAGGGAAAGGAGAGAAAGGAAAGUGUCUGUACCUGGGAAAGUGAAAUAAGCAGAAUUUCAUCAAGCCAGGAUGGCCAAGAAUCCUCGGAUGAAGAGGAUGAUGAUGAUGUUUCUGCAUCUCUUGAGGAUUCUGAAUCUGUGGAAAAAAAUUGGAACACUUGUUUUAAAGGACAUAGGGAGGUUCUCAACUUGUCUUCUGAUCCAGAGAGUCAAUUUGGACUGAGAUUUGAUGACAUUAGAUGGCAAAAUCACAUCAACUCUCUCAAACCCUUGGGUCUAAACAUUCUUCUUAAUUCAUGCUGUAAAUCUCCAGUGAGAUGUUUACGGUUUGCUGACCACACUGGCCUCUUGUCCCUUUCCUAUAACUCAGUUCCUUUGCCUUUCUUUAGAAGAUGUCUGUGCCUACUUGGUAAGGAAAUAGGCUUUAUGGAACGUGCACUUCAGCUCUUCAGCAAACAAAAAUACAUUUUUGCUGUACAGUCACCCAUUAAUUCCAGUUUAAGAGUACCCAUUCAUUCCCAUUCGUUCUUAUCCAUUUCAAAAGAGAAGCCUAUUCCUACUAUGGUCUGCCUUAUCACUAAAGAGGAAAACUCUGGUUCUCUGCAGCUUCUUACCCAGGGAUCAGCUGAUGUUGUUCUAGAUGCUUGCACUGAUUACUGGGAUGGAUCAAGUCUUUGUCCUGUCACAGCAUUUGAGAGAAAGAAAGUACUUGACUUUUAUCAGAGGAACAGCAUGUCAGCAUAUUGUGUCGCAUUUUCUUAUCGUCCUGUGACCGAGCAAAUACCAGAUGAAAAGAGUGAAGAUGUAUAUUUAGAGCUACCCUCUACUGCUCAGUGGAUUUGUAGUGAAAGCGAUGAAAUGGAAAGUGCCUCUGAAAUUUCAGAGGCAGAAUCUGAAAACUCAGACAAGGAUAGUGCUUUUAACUGCUUUGAGCUUCUUGAAGCUGAUAUGGAAGCAGCAUCUUUGUUAGAAAGAGUGAACAUUGCUGAAAAUGUGGAGAGCUAUCAAAGAAUACUUGGAGGACAGAUUUUCAUUGGAGUGGUGACGUUACAGUUUCAAGCCAAGAAGGAUAUUCUUCCUCUCAUUGAAGACCUGAACAAUGCUGGAAUCCGAUUUGUUUAUUUUUCAGCUGAAAAUGAAUUAAGAAGCAGGGUAUUUGCAGAGAGGAUGGGCCUAGAAACUGGAUGGAACUGUCACAUCUCUCUCAGAGAGGGUGGCCAUCUCUUGGAAGACCGUGGAAGCAGUGCAACAGUGUCGGACAGGAAUACUGAGAGUCUUUAUGACAUCCAGGAUGAUGCAAAUGUUUCUGGGCAGGAUGGUGAUGAGAAACAUGUUAGCUGGAGAGUGACCCACACUGAAUCUACUGAAAAAAUCUCACAUAAAGCUGAAGCAGUUGAAAUGGAUCCCCUAUUAGAAAGUCAAAGUGAUGGUGGUACUCUACUGGGCAGUAGUCAGAUAUCAGCACCUGAGGAUUAUUGGUUCUUUGCUAACAGGGCUAAACUUCCCAGAGGGAUCCAAAACAUCAGGCCUCAUCUGGAGAGUGUUGAUAACGUUCCUCUUCUUGUUCCCCUCUUCACUGAUUGUACUCCAUCAGCUGUUCAGGAGAUGAUUGCUAUAAUGCAAGAUUUUGGAGAAGUAGUCUGUUGUGUAGGAAGUUCAUUUAAUUCUGCUAAUCCUGCCAUAUUUAUUCAGGCAGACAUAGGUAUUGCAGUGGAACCUCUCUUUCCACAACUGUGUUUAAAAGGUUUGCCAAAAGACUUCAGAUCAGGAACACCACAGCUUGGACAUGAAAAUAUCAGAGAAAAACUUCGUCAAAGAUUCAGUGAGGAACAAUCCAUUGAAGAUGAAAACGAGCUGUCCCCACUUGAACUGAGUGCUUUCCUCAAUGCCCUUCCAUGUUCCUUGGCAUUCCACAGAGAUACAAAUUUUAAGUUUUUGAGUUUGAUAAAAGAGGCACGUCGUAUUUGCUUUGGACUCAAAAACUGUUUCUCCUUCAUGCUAUCGUGUCAGUUAGUUCUUUCUGCCACGAUGCUUCUGUCAGCAUGUUUCGUCCUCCCACCUCCCCUAACAGGGCUUCAUCUUCUGUGGUUGUCAUGCCUUAUAGUACCUCUGCUGAGUCUAUCAUUAAUUGGCUCUCCAGCUGAUCCAAAUCUUAUGACAAUGAUGACAGGCAAAAAUGACAAAAACUUCAAGGACAUCACCUAUACAGUUUGUUUUUUCUUCAGUGUUUGUUUCUUUCCCUCGCUUUGUAUCUGCUGCCUUCUGCUGUUCCCCUUAAAUCUCCAUGGAUUUUGCAUCUCUGUGAACAAGAAAUCUACUAACUGUCACUACCUGCUUGGAUUUAGGAACACCACAGAACUAUGGAAUGGUCUAAGGGAGAGUCAUAUUCAAGCAUUAGCCAUGGCACAGGACAUCAAUGCAUUUUUUCUAGUUCUAAUUUUUGUGUUCCUGUCUUCAAGUUAUGUACAUCGUCUUCAUUUGCUCUGGAGGAAAUCACCAUUUGUAAACAGGUCAUGGAUCAUUUCAGCCGUGAUUAUUUUAAUACUUCAGGUAAUUUACUUCACUUUGUCCCAAGUUGGGUGGAGUCAAGAUGCCCCUUUAGUGUUUCAUCUGACCGAUGUUCCAGUGCCAUCAAUGAUCAUCAUCUUUCUUUGGCCCAUUGUAGCUCUAGGAAUUUGUGAACUAUUCAAGAGGCGAUACAUAAAGGAAAGGAUCCGGUUUCAAAAGAGAGCCAAGUUAAAGUUUGGUACAAAAUUAGGAAUGAAUUCACCAUUCUGAUUAACCAUUUUUGUAAAUUACAAUUUUCUAACUCAAACUUGAAGGGGAUUCAGAAAUAUAUAAGAAGGGUACAGAAAUAUUUGGGUGAGAGUUCACACUCACUUGUUACGUAAAACACAUGACCUUAUCCCUGAAAAGAUGGUUGCAGGUUGCACUGAAUAAACAAGUUAAAACUAAAAAUCCAAGGAAAAAAAUGGGCAAACUUUAUCACCUCACCAGCAAAUCGAAGAAGAUGAUAAGUAACUUCUUUAAAGGCAGCAUAAAAACUCAAAAUUCACCUCAUAAUGGGAUGUUGUGAAUUUAUUAUUUUCAACUAAAAAGUGAAUUUUCUUUUAUUUCGGAAGAUCAUUUACUUCCACCAUGAUGUUGUUUAAAACAAUACUUUCAUGUGUGUGCUAUCCUCACCAAACUAUGAAACAGUUACAGAAAGAUUGUGUAUUUUGUACAGUUUAUACCUUGUUCUAUUUCUUUAUUUUUAACUCUAUUUUUAGGUAGCAAUGUUGUGCAAAGUUAAAAGAAAGUGAGAAUAAAAAAUGUAUUAGUUGUUAUUGUUAAAGAUGUGAGUUUACACAUUUUCUUAAGUGUUUAAAGUCAAUACAGAAAAAUAUGUAAUACCUUGUAGCUUGUAAAGCAAUAAGUUUUACUUUCACCACUUUCA